AUGAACUACAUCAAAAAAGCGAUAUACGGCCCCGAUCCGGCGGAGCAGCGGCGCACGUGCCAGUCUCUGAUUCGGCAAAACCAGCGACAGAUCGACCGGCAGCUGGCGUCGCUGCAGUCGUCAGAGGCCAAAACCAAGCAGAUGAUCAAGGCAUCUGCGAAACGAAACGAUGUCAAAAGUGCGCGGAUUUUGGCUAAGGAGAUCUACGGCGUCAAGAAACAGCGGGAACGGCUUCACACGUCCAAAGCACAACUUAAUUCUGUCUCACUUCAGGUCGAUGAGGCGUUUUCUCUACAGAAGAUCCAAGGGUCGAUGAAAACGUCAACAGGGGUCAUGAAGGAGGUCAACCAGCUGGUGCGUCUUCCCGAGCUCAUGGGAUCGAUGCAGCAGCUGUCCAUGGAGCUUGUCAAGUCUGGAAUCAUCGACGAAAUGGUCGGAGACACCUUGGACACUCUAGAUGAUAACGAAAUGGUGGAUGAGGACGCAGAAAAGGAGAUUGACAGCAUUUUGGGCGAAAUCACAAACGGCGCUAUUGGUACCCCUCAGCCGGCCAAGGAGAAGGUUGCCCCCAAGAAGGAGAGCGUCACUCCUGUUCCCCAGGCUCCUACCACCGAGCUGGAAGAUGAGGAGGAUGAGGAUGAUGAGGCCUUGUUGAUGGAUAUGAGAGAGCGGUUUAAGGCGCUACAGGGAUAA